GUGGGAGGAGAGGAAUUACAGAAGUGUAUCUAUCUCCCAUGAGGUUCCAAAACCUCUUUUAUGGGAGGAAUUGCCAAACUAAAAAGAUACACUUGAUUUUUCUGUUCUUGUGCGUACUUUUAGUGCCUGCAUAUUGCUUUCCCAUCUUAGAGAUGCUAGCACCUAGUUUUUGCAUCAUAUCCAUGGAGUUAGAAAAAGAAUGUGCUUUAUUACAGAGGUGGGAAGUCAAAAAACUCAAGGUUGACUAUUUUAGCAGGUGGGCCAAUGGCUUAUUAGCAGCAGCACCUGCAUCCUCAUCAUUCUUGCACAUGUAUCUGAGCACCACCACUGGCUUGGACUUUAAAUACUUGAGGCAGAAAUUAAUUUUACCCCCAAAUCUGCUGCUUAGGAUUUGUUGCUGAGGUCACAUACUGCAGAAAUCAGAACCUGGGGUCCAGUACUUAUGGUUUGUGCCAGCUGGAAACCUCACCUGAGCCUGGAAUGAUGCAUUGCUAAUCAUGCUGCCAGCCAGCUGAGGUCACUCCUAUACAUCGAAAUAUGUUGCUGGCAAUCCCAUCAACCUAGGAAGAUCCUCUCCACUUUCGUAUUCUGGACAUCAGAACUCUGUAUGUUGUUCAAGUGUUUCUUUUCCCAGUGUUGUAGAACCAAGGGACAGCAGUGCAUGUGUGUGUGUUUCACAGGUGGCUCUGGGCGGCGAGGGGGAAGAUUUUCUGCCCAAGGCAUGGGAACUUUUAACCCAGCUGACUAUGCUGAGCCGGCCAGCACGGAUGAGAAUUACGGGAAUAGCAACAACAACACGUGGAACAACACUGGGAGCUUUGAGCCGGAUGAUGGCACAAGACUUGAUUUCAUUGGGGGUGAGGGGUCAAAUUAUCCCCGAAAAUUUGACACUGCUCCUGGUGCAUGGAGGGCAGCGACAGAAGAAUGGGGCACGGAGGACUGGAAUGAAGAUCUGUCAGAGACAAAGAUCUUCACAGCCUCCAAUGUGUCUUCAGUGCCUCUGCCUGCUGAGAAUGUGACAAUCACAGCUGGACAAAGAAUUGAUCUUGCAGUCCUGCUAGGAAAGACACCCUCUUCUAUGGAAAAUGAGUCAACAAACCUGGAGUCAUCCCAGACUCCUUCCUUGGCGCAGCCACUGGUGUUCAGCAAUUCUAAGCAGAGUGCUUUGUCCCAACCUGCCUCUGGAAACUCCUUCUCUCACCACAGCAUGGUGAGCAUGUUGGGGAAAGGCUUUGGAGAUGUCGGGGAGGCCAAAGGCAGCAGUACUACAGGGUCACAGUUCCUGGAGCAGUUCAAGACAGCCCAGGCACUGGCUCAGCUGGCAGCUCAGCACACCCAGCCUGCUGGGAGCACCACUGCUGCUUCCUGGGACAUGGGAUCCAGCACACAGACCUCGUCUCUGGUGCAGUACGAUCUCAAGAACCCAACAGACUCUUCCGUGCAUAGUCCCUUCACCAAGCGUCAGGGCUUCACAUCAACUUCAACCAUGAUAGAAGUGUUCAUGCAGGAGAAACAGCCUGUGGUGACUGCUUCCACAACCACACCGGCACCCCCAUCCUCACCACUGCCCAGCAAAACCAAUCCAGUUCCCCAGAUGUCCCCAGGGUCCUCGGACAACCAGUCCUCAAGUCCCCAGCCAGCACAGCAGAAGCUCAAGCAGCAAAAGAAAAAAGCAUCGUUAACAUCAAAGAUUCCUGCACUUGCAGUGGAAAUGCCUGGCUCGUCGGAUAUCUCAGGGCUAAACCUGCAGUUUGGGGCGUUACAGUUUGGUUCAGAGCCUGUUCUUGCUGAGUACGAAUCAACGCCCACAACCAGCGCCGCUGUUAGCCAGUCUCAGAGCAGCCUCUACACCAGCUCGGCCAGUGAAUCUUCAUCCACAAUUUCGUCCAAUCAAAGCCAGGAGUCUGGUUACCAGAGUGGCACAAUACAGACAGCAACAUUUACCUCCCAGAACAGUGCUCAGGGACCACUGUAUGAACAGAGAUCCACCCAGACGAGGCGAUACCCAAAUUCUAUCUCUUCCUCGCCCCAGAAAGAUCUGACCCAGGCUAAGAAUGGUUUCAGUUCUGUACAACCCACGCCAUUACAAACCACACAGGCUGUUGAAGGUGCUACAGGCCCUGCAGUGAAAUCCGACUCCCCCUCUGCUCCCAGUAUUGCACCUCUCAACGAUGGGGUGUCUGCAUCGUCCCUGCUGACAACAGCCAGCCAACACUCAACAGCUCUGAGCAGCCUGAGCCACAGCGAGGAGCUCCCCAGUACAACCACUGCCCAGCUCAGCAGUGCAUUACCCACCCAGCAGAACAGUCUGUCUGGGCGAACAUCAACUUCAACUCUUCUGCACACAAGUGUGGAGAGUGAAGCAAGCCUCCAUUCUUCCGCUAGUACUUUCUCCACCUCCUCCAGCACGGUGUCAGCUGCCCCACCAGUUGUCAGCGUUUCAUCCAGCCUCAGCAGUGUCAGCAGCCUGGGCCUCAGCCUCAGCAGCAACUCCACAGUGACGGCCUCAACUCGCAGCUCCGUUGCAACCACAUCAGGAAAAGCCCCUCCCAAUCUCCCUCCUGGAGUCCCACCGUUGUUGCCUAAUCCAUACAUCAUGGCUCCAGGGUUGCUACAUGCCUACCCGCCACAGGUGUAUGGAUAUGAUGACUUGCAAAUGCUCCAGACGAGAUUUCCAUUGGAUUACUACAGCAUCCCAUUCCCUACACCCACCACACCACUGACUGGAAGAGAUGGCAGCCUGAGCAGCAAUCCAUACUCUGGUGACUUAACAAAAUUUGGCCGUGGUGAUGCCUCUUCCCCUGCUCCUGCAACAACUCUGGCACAGCCUCAGCAGAGCCAGACCCAGACUCACCACACCACGCAGCAGACGUUCCUGAACCCGGCGCUGCCUCCCGGCUACAGUUACACCAGUCUGCCAUACUACACAGGGGUACCAGGGCUCCCCAGCACCUUCCAGUAUGGGCCCGCCGUGUUCCCUGUUGCUCCUACCUCUUCCAAGCAGCAUGGUGUGAAUGUCAGCGUCAAUGCAUCAGCAACCCCUUUCCAGCAGCCCAGUGGCUAUGGCUCUCAUGGGUACAGCACUGGUGUAUCUGUGACAUCCAGUAAUACAGGUGUGCCAGACAUCUCGGGCUCUGUCUACUCCAAAACUCAGCAAUCCUUCGAGAAGCAGGGAUUUCACACUGGAACCCCAGCAGCCUCCUUCAACCUGCCUUCGGCGCUGGGCAGCGGCGGCCCCAUCAACCCUGCAACAGCAGCAGCAUACCCCCCCACCCCGUUCAUGCACAUCCUCACCCCGCAUCAGCAGCCUCACUCGCAGAUCCUCCACCACCACCUGCAGCAGGAUGGGCAGAGCGGCUCCGGGCAGCGCAGCCAAGGCAGCUCCAUCCCCCAGAAAUCCCAGGCCAACAAGUCCGCCUACAACAGCUACAGCUGGGGUGCCAACUGAGGCCGGGCCCCCUCGCCACCACUUGCUUCCGGAAGAGAAUCUCAGUGACCCCGACGAUGAGGAAGGAUCCCAGGGAGGAGAGAGCCCUGCGGAGAGCGCCUGGGCCCCUAACCCGGCAGGGCCCCGCAGGGCAGGCCGCAGGCACCUCUGCGUUGUCUGUCUUCAGCCACUUUCCUGUUGUAUGUAAUAUAGAAUUUGUAUUUUUUUCUUUUUUUUUUUUUCCUUUUUUUUUUUCUCUCUCUCCGCAUUCAGAUCUGAACCGUUUGCCGUAGGGGCCUUUUUUGGUUUUUACUCCUUUCUAUCCCCUCUCCCAUCCAGCUGCCCCACAAUCUCUCAGAUCCAAAGGAGUGGAAGCUGCGAGUCGCCUACAGCAAACCCCCUUAUUAUUAGGAUUAAGACCAGUAAUUGAUAUGAGCAGCAUUGUAAGAUUAAUUAGUUGAAGUGUUUUUUUUGUACUGUGUUCUAAAUUUAAUGGAUAAAUGUGUCUUGUAUAUAAAAACAAAAACCCCAUGCUGUCCUCUAGUUCUCUCAUUUCUCCCCCACCCCGCCGAGGGGUCCCCCCUGGUAUUUUAUGUUCUCCAUCUGCGUCCCUCCAUCCUCAUGGGCCCAGAGUGCAGGUCCUGCCCUGCUUGCAAGCUGUAAGUAUCUUCUGCUUUUGAGUUGGGGAUUUUUUAAUUUUCUCUUUGUUUUUUCCUUUUUUUUCCUCUUUUGUUUUGUGGGGGUUUUUUUGUUUGCUUUGGUUUUUUGGGGGUUUUUGUUUGUUUUUUUUCUAUGCAGUCCAGAUCUUGUAUUUUUAAGUUCCACCUGAUCCCUUCAGCUGCAGCCCCGAGCGGGGAUUUACUGAAGAGAAUAAAGAUCACAAAGUGAUGUGUGUA